AGCGCGACGGGGCGGGAAUCCCACCCGUGGGAGGGCGCGGAGGGGGAAAUCCCCUCAGGGGAGAGCGGCUGAGCCUCCCCGUGCAGCGCGGUCAGCCAUGUCUCCUCUCUGUCCCCUCAGCCGUUUUUCUCCUUCCCUCCCGUCCCGUCCCGUCCCUCGCAUUUCCCGGAGCCGCCGCGAUGACCCAGGCGGAGCUGCGGCUCUGCUCCCUCCUGCUGCGGGAGAAUUUUGGAGAAAUCGUGGAAAAAGUUGGGAAUUCUCUGCUCCGGACGGGGCCGCGGCCGCUGCGGCUGCUGGUGGGGGACACGGGGCUGCUCCCGGAUCAGGUGAAGAAGGCGCUGUGCGUGCUCCUCCAGCACGGCCUGGCGCGCUACGAGCCGCAGCCGCGGGGCGCGGUGGAGUACGAGGCGCGGGGCGAGCGCGUCCUGCGCAUCCUGCGCUACCCGCGCUACAUCUACACGGCCAAGACGCUCUACGGCGACCCCGGCGAGCUGCUGGUGGAGGAGCUGCUGCUCCACGGGCACCUGCCCAUGAGCUCCGCCGUGGCCAGGGUGGCCGAUCGCCUCACCGAGACCAUGGAAGACGGCAAAUCCAUGGAUCUCAGCGAGGUCUCGGCCACCUUCGUGCGCCUGGCCGACACCCACUUCAUCCAGAGGUGCGCGGCGCCCCCCGCGGCGCCCCCCGAGGCCCAGGCCAAGGACAGGUUCGUGGUGCCGCGCCUCGGCCUCGUCGGCAAAGGGAAGAGGAGACAUUCGUGUGACGAGGAAGAGGAGGGAGAGCACAAAGCCAAAAGGCAGAAGCAGGAGGGAGGAAGCUCCGAGCCUCCCCCGGACGAUGGCAUUUACUGGCAGGUGAACCUGGAGCGCUUCCACCAGCACUUCCGAGACCAGGCCCUGGUGAGCGCCGUGGCCAGCAGGAUGGACCAGACCAGCAGCGAGGUCGUGCGGACGAUGCUGCGCAUGAGCGAGGUGACGACGGCCUCGGGUGCAUCCCACACUCAGCCCCUCUCCUCCAACGAGAUUUUCAGGUCUCUCCCAGCCGGGUACAACAUCAGCAAGGCCGUGCUGGAUCAAUACCUGGCGCUGCUGGCCGACGACCCGUUGGAGUUCGUGGGGAAGUCGGGGGACAGCGGAGGGGGCACCUACACUGUCAACCUGCACAAGGCCCUGGUGUCGCUGGCCACGGCCACGCUGGAGUCCAUCGUGGAGGAGAGGUUUGGCUCCCGCUGCGCCAGGAUUUUCCGGCUGCUGCUGCGCAAGAAGCACCUGGAGCAGAAGCAGGUGGAGGACUUUGCCAUGAUCCCGGCCAAGGAGGCCAAGGACAUGCUCUACAGGAUGCUCUCCGAGAACCUGGUGGCCCUGCAGGAGAUCCCCAAGACUCCAGACCACGCUCCCUCCCGCACCUUUUACCUGUACACGGUGAACGUGAUGGCCGCUGCUCGGAUGCUGCUCCACAGGUGCUACAAGAGCGUGGCCAACCUGAUGGAGCGAAGGCACCACGAGAUGCGGGAGAACAAGAGGCUCCUGGAGAAGUCCCAGCGCGUGGAAGCCAUCCUGGCCUCCAUGCAGGCCACGGGGGCCGAGGCGGCGCAGCUGCACGAGGUGGAGGAGAUGAUCACGGGUCCCGAGAGGCAGCAGCUGGAGAACCUCAAACGCAACGUCAACAAGAUGGACGCCAGUGAGAACCAGGUGGAUGAGACCAUCUUCAUGCUGGAGGCGUUCAUCGAGAGCACCAUGAAGAGGCCGUGAGGGAGCAGGACAGGGACAGGGACAGGGACAGGGACAGGGACAGGGACAGGGACAAGGACAGGGAGAAGGACAGGGACAGGGACAGGGACAAUGGUGGGGACAGGGGUGGGGACAGGGAGCAGCUGCCUCUGCCCACGGUGCUUGUGCUGCUGAGGAGAAUAAAGGAACGGUUGGUGAAGCACCUGCGUGUCAGCUGGGCAUGGGGACACGGGGACACGGGGACACAUGGGGACAUAUGGGGACACAUAGGGACACAGGGACACACGGGGACAUGGGGACACACAGGUAUGGGGACACACAGGGAUACAUGGGGACACGGGGACACACAGGACAUGGAGACAGGCACGGGGACAUGGGGACGCAUAGGGACACCGGGACACACGGGGACACAUGGGGACACAGGGACACAUGGGGACACACAGGGACAUGGGGACACACAGGACAUGGGGACACAGAGGACAUGGGGACACAGAGACACAUAGGGACACACAGGGACACAGGGACGCACGGGGACACAUGGGGACACAGGGACACACAGGGAUGCACGGGGACAUGGGGACACACAGGUAUGGGGACACACAGGGAUACAUGGGGACACACAGGACAUGGAGACAGGCACGGGGACAUGGGGACACAUAGGGACACGGGGACACACGGGGACACAUGGGGACACAUGGGGACACAAAGGGACAUGGAGACAGGCACAGGGACAUGGGGACACAGGGACACACAGG